CUAGCUCUCAAGAUGCUUUUGGAACAGGAAGCCGCCCGGAAUCCAACGACGGCCUGCGCCAGAAAAAGCCCUCGACGCAGCCUCGGCGCAGCCCCACGCGCGACGGAGUCAAGGGCUGCCCACGGACGACCAUGCCAGAUGAAGAAGCCAAGCCGCCCCCGCCGCCCGAGGCCUCCCCGAAAGGCCGCGGGCCGGCCCUCGCGCGCAUGGGGUCGGCCUACACGAAGGCCGGCUCCAAGCUGCUGCUCAGUCCCCAGGAGAACAAGGCCGGCGCUUUACUAAAGAAAAGGAUGCAGGCGCGCGCGUCGUCGGCACUUACACCAAAGGCGGGCGAGAAGCACGACAGCGCGCGCAGCGACGCUUCGAGAAAGCUCACGGGUCUACAACGCGUCAACUCCAAUUUCAAGGCCAUUGUGGAGGGCACGACGGAGGAACAUGAUAGACUUGUGAAGAGGAGGGAAGAACUUGGGUCGUUAUGGUACAUGAUCCACCCUCUAGGCAUGUUCAGAAUAGUGUGGGAUCUGGCGAUGCUCUGUUUUGUGUGCUACAUCACGCUCACGAUGCCUUAUCAACUCGCAUUCAAGGCGGAGCCGAAAAAUUGCAGCUGGACCUGGCCGGCAAAGACCUGCGAACCUCUAGCCGUCUUCGAGCGGCUGGUGGACUACUUCUUCAUGGUUGAUUUAGUAAUUAACUUUUUCACGGGGUAUGUCCAAUCCGAUGGCGUGGUCGUGAUGUGGCCGGGCCCGGUCGCCAAGAACUACCUCAAGAGCUGGUUCACCCUAGAUUUCAUAUCGAGCUUCCCCUGGGACGCAAUCCUCACCGCUCCCGGUUUUUCGCGCUUAAAUUCGGCGCGCCUCCUGAAAAUAGGUAGGUUGCUGAAGUGCAUGAAGAUGUUGAGAAUUGGAAAAGUUUUGAAGGUUUCAAGAGAUAGCGGCGUGGCGGACUCCAUGGAGGAGUUCAUGGUGUCGCGGUACGCGAUGGCGUUCGGAAGGGUGGUCGUGGUUAUUUUGAGUUGUGGCUUCAUCUGUCACCUGAUGGCGUGCGGCAUGGCCGGGAGCGGUCCUGGAUUCUUGAGAAGAUAUAGAGUCGACAUGCGGGACUGCGACGACCUGGACGAUUAUGAUGCGCAUAGCUGCGCCAAGUCCGCGAACGACUGGAGUCCUCGUAGAAGAUACUUAGCAGCAUUGUACUGGGCCAUGUCCACGAUGACGACUGUUGGAUAUGGUGACAUAACACCAGAAUCGGAUGGCGAAAGAGCGUAUGCCAUGGUGGGCAUGGUGAUCGGGGGCGGGUUCUAUGGCUACGUGAUCGGGAUCAUCGCUACGUUAGUAGCGGUUUCUGACGCGAACGCGCGGGCCUACAACGAAAAGAUGGGCGUCGUGAAUGCGUGGCUCGAGUUUAACGACCUCCCGCGGGACCUGCGGAGGAAGGUGCGCUCUUAUUUCAAGACGUUCCUGGCCGAGAAGUCAGCUUUAGACGAGCAGGCCAUCUUGAAUGACCUGGAUCCGGGGUUGCGAGCGGAGUUAGGGCAACACCUCAUCCCGGACGCCGUGCGAGCCGCUCAAGUUUUUAGUGGAUUACCACCAACGGUUCUAGCCAAACUUUCGUCCUUGCUGAGACCGGUCCCGGCCGCGGUAGGAGAUGUUCUGCAAGUACGAGGCACGCACGGCGUCACGAUGCAUGUUGUGGUGGCCGGUGCUGUAGAAUUAUCCUCGGACGAAGAGGCGGCCCGCUUGUUGUCGACGGGCCAAGCGCAACUGCAUCCCAGUUCUGCACCUCCAGGAGCGUACUCGCCGACGCCAAACAACCCGGAAAGGCACUUCUUCCACUCGCCCCACGGCUGUUCCCAGCCGAAUCCGGAGUCUCCGAGACCGUCCGAAAUAAGACCGAGGAUAGCGAGGGCGGGCGAGACGUUUGGCGAGCUCGUCGUUUUAGAUUUGGCGGCGAGCUACGCGGCGACGGCCGUGGCCUGCGAGCCCACUGCUUUAUAUAUGAUCGAGCAGGCUACGCUCUAUGAUAGAUUCGCAUCAAUGCCCGAGGUCCUGAACAAGAUGCGGCAGCGCGCCGCGCAGACGCACAAGGAUGGCGUGUAUUCCAAGCUGCCCGAGUCAGGGGAAGAGGCGCCUCAAGUACGAGCCAAGAACAUGCGGUCUUCCUUAGUUGGUGGCGGUGGCGCUACCCUGCCUACGGGCUUCGCGGACACCAUGCUUACUUUGUUAUCUGAUGUGCAAAGGAGACUAGCAACAAUAGAUCAUCGCUUGGACGUGAUGGAGCGGCGCAUCGACGGUGAGGAUGAGGCGCCGGUGCCUGCGUCUCCUCAAACGCCGCGCGCCCCAACCUUGCAACCGUCCUCGUCGACGCCGACGACGCCGCGGCCGUCGCUCGCGGGCGCCGACGCGGAGCACUGGGCCGCGGCCUUGCGCACGCCGGCGCAGUCGCCACGGCCGGGACUAGUGAGAGCCAACUCGUCCUUCGCGCCGGCGUCGCCGUCGAUGCGUCCGGGCGUCACGCGGUCCCAGUCCUACCCGCACCGCCAGGCGCGCCUUGUGCAGGGCGAGUCGAUGCUAGGAAGAAUAGCGGGCAUGCUCGGGCGGCCCAAGUCGCCCAAGCCCUCGCCGGUCGCCGAGGAGGAGUCAUAAGAUACUUAC